AUGGAAGGUCCCGGAAUGAGCCUAUUUCAAGGUGCCGCCAGCAUCCACAUAAACAACAGCGCUCAAGACAGACUUGAAGAACAAGAAGAAAUUGAGGAUCAAAAGAGGCGAAAUGAAGAGCUGAAACACAAGCUUGCGAAUGCAUUUGAUGAUUUAUUAGAUGAAGACGAAGCUAGCUCUGUGAACAGCAGCGGAAACUUUACUUUAGAUGCGGCACAGACUAAUGGAGGACAACAGCAGAUACGAUCGGGCCUUCCACCCACAUAUGUUGAGUCUUUGAACCAUUUAAAGGAAAUUCAGCUCAACUCUGAAUCUGCAAAAUACUGUGAGACUCCCAAAAACCCCAGUCCACAUACUAGGCUCCAAGAAGAAGCAAUGAAACUGACAUUUAGUCCUUAUGGAGCUGGUGAUGGUCAAAAUCACUAUUAUCAGCAGGAAUAUAGAGGUCAUCUUAAUGGCAUCAAUAAUUUUGAUGCCAGGCAAGAGUACAUGAAUAAUGAACAACUUAAAGUUAUGUAUGAGAUGCGCAUAAAGGAAUGCCAGCAACUCGCUAGUCAGAUCGAGAAACUGGAUACGGAGAUCGACAGUCUACGCGCGCGUCUCGCUGCUGCCGUCAACGACCGCGAUAAGGCCGAAUUAUCACUUCAGGAGGCUCAUCACUUGCUUGCAUCCAGCAAGCACAACUUGAUAGAGUUAGAGCAGCAAGUAACAGUGCUGACAGAGAAACUGGUCGAAAGCGACCAAGAGAAGGAGCAGCUUAAGCUCGAAGUACGCUCUGCCAACAUCAGUCUGCAGGAUGUGCAGCAGAGACUUCACACGCUGCAGGUAGCUCACACACACGACACUGAUGCACUCUUCAGAGAACAACAAGAUAGGCAUAGAGAAGAAAUGGACAGACUACAAAAUGAUUUUGUGAAAGCAAAAAGUAGACUUGAGGAGAAAGAAAACGAAAUUAAAAUGUUGGAGAAACGAUGCCUCGAGAAAGACAGAGAAAAAGAAGAUAUAUUGAUAGAGAAAGGUGCUACAAUAAAUAGAUUAGCCAGCGAAUUGGAAGCCGCGCAAAGUCGACUUGUUAGUGGGGAGACUGCUAAACUGAAGGAAAAAGUAUCCCAGUUAACCAGUGAAAGAAACGCAUCCAGAGAACAAGUCAAAGAACUAGGGUCUAAGUUAGAAGUAACAGCACACGAACUUGUUUUAUGUCGCAAUAAACUCACAAACAGCCAGAAAGAAUACGAAAAUUGGCGCAGUACUUUGCAUCAAAUAAUGCUAGAAGCAUUACCAGACAACACUUAUAUUAACGAUCCUCCGUCACCGGGGAAACUUGCGACGCUUAAAGAAGUGCUAAAUCGGUACAAACAACAGAUACAAAAACUGCCCGCCUUACAGGAAGAAAUAGCUAAACGAGACAAAAAACUUGAGCAGCAUCGCAAACAAGAGUCAGAGCUUAGAGCAAAACUAGAAGAACAAAAAGGAAUAGAAAUGCAGCUAAACUCGCGAGUAGCCGUGUUGCAGAACAAGCUGGAACUGCUCGGCAGUAGCUCCGAUAGUGAACUGAUGGAAACGUAUAAACAACAGAACGAACGGCUGCAGGCUGAACUCGACGAAGUUAGAAGUGAACUUAAAAAUCUGGGUCUCAGAUAUACAGAAAUGGAAAUGGAUUACGAGAAACUGAAGAACGACAAAUGUCUACGCGCCUCCAUGCUCCAAGAGGCCAACGGGGAAUUGCUGCGGGAGCUUGAGAAGUACAGCGUACAAUUGAAAGACACGCUCAAAGAGAAUGGAGAACUAAAAACGUUGUAUUUACAGGUUUGCAGUGCUCGCGAUUUGGUGUCUAGAGAACUUAAAGACCUCCAAUCGAAAGUUCAGAAAGAGAAAGACUUAUACAAAUCUCAGGAAACAGAAACCGUCGAAAGAUUAGAAAAGGAGAGGCAACAAGUUGAGAAGUUAACUGCAGAGCUGACAGCCACAAAGGAGGAGAUGGACAGAGCCAAUAGGAGGAUCUCAGAACUGCAAAAGGAGUUUACUGAUAAGCAAAGGGAAUUUACCGACAAACUCAAUCAGUACAUCGCAGACGAAAAGAGUGCAAUGCGAAAAGAAAUGGAACCAUGUUCUGUUUGCGAGAAGCAUUUGAACCGCAUCAGAAACUUAGAAGACCAACUCAGCAAAUGCACUGUGAGACUGGCAACUCAAGAUGGCAACAAGGAGUUGAUGAACGAGCUAAAAGGCAAGGCAGAGUUCUUUCAACAAUACAUAAUGGAGCGGUUCCGCAAACUACGCGAACAACGUACUGUGGCCACUAAUACCGAACACGAAUGUGAGACGCUUGAGCGAGCACCCAGCAUCGAACAGCUCGUCCACGACUGCGAUGAGGCUCUCUCUGCUAAGACUGCGCUUAUGAUGAAGGAGAAGGCCAUACGGGACCAAAUUGCCGAGAAGUUUACGUUAGAAAUGAAAACAAUGGAAAUGAAUUUCUCCAGGAAAAUAAAAGAGAUGGAAAAUGAACAUCUUACUGGUGUGACCAAGUUAAAAGAACUGCUCGAGAGGAAAGCGAAGGAAGUGGAAACUUUGAAAGAAUUCAUACUUUCAGAACGAGCUAAAGUGUCUCAAGUGCUGGAGUCAAAGGAGAAUGAGAUUUCUGUUCUAAUAAAAGAACAUAAUGAGUUACAGGCCGAUUGCCAGAAAGCUCAGGACUGUGUCAAAGAAUGGCGCUUGAAAGCCGAACGAUACAAAGACAGGCUAUCGAGAAUGACUUCCUUAGAGGAAGCUUUGAAACACGAGAGGGAAAAUUGGAAGCAAAAGAACACCACAAGCGUAAAAGAAUUGCAAUCGAUGAGUCACAAGAUAGCCGAGUUGCAAACGAAAGCGGCGCAAAUCGAACAAAAGUACCAAAAAUUACAAUCUGACCACCAAGCAGUACAGGACAAAUACAAGAAUUGUAAAAAGACAAUACAUACCUACAAAGAGUACAUGGCGAAGAAAGACGUGCAUAUAAACAACGAAAUCAAUAGAAUGCAAUACGAGUACAGGAAAAUAUUUGUCAAGUUGCAGAACCAGUUGAAUUACUACGUCAAUUGCACUGUGCAAGUGGAGAAAAGCCAGGGCUUGAGUAGUCAAGCUCAGCAGCACCAACAUUAUGAUUACACGGAAAAAAUGAACAAGUUGAAUGAGGAAUUCGCGAAGCUAGGACAGAAUCAAUACAGGGAUCCAGACCCAAACCUGUGACGCUUCCUAGACGGCCUGUGAGGCGGCUGCUUGCUCUACCUCAAACGAUGUUCGUUCAGAAACAUGCCGCAAAAGUCUAAAAUAAGAUAAUAUUGCAUUUUGAGUAAAAUGUGUUUACCAAUAAAAAAACUGUCAUUAGUUUAUAUUGGUUAACACAAUAGUCUAUUUUGACAUUAGUCUAUUAACAUUGCAAAUUUAGAACGACAUGUGCUGCUGUUCACUCAUACAAGGCAUAUAUUUUAUAAUAAGUGCGCAUGUGACCUCCAUCUCACCUGAUGGAAAGCGACGAUGAGGUCGAUGAUAGCGCUUGCCUUCCUAAAUAAUGCCCAUUCACUCUCGCCUUGAAAAGGCCCAAGUUAUAGUGUUCAGGGAAUAAGUCUGCAGGCAAGAAAUUCCACUCCAUAGCCGUUCGACAUGUAAUUGUGAAACCGUAACGCUGCAUGCGAAUCUUUGUAUUAUCCAUAACUUAGGGGUGGAAGCCAGCCUACGUCUAGUCCCCCCGAUAAUGGAUAGGGAAAGAAGGAAUUAAAUCGUGCAAUUCCAUCGCACACUCCGUGAUAAAUCCUACAGAUAAAAAAAAAUUGCAUUUGCAUUGAGUUUGCAUCGGUUCUUAAGCUCUUUACAGACUAAAUGAGACAUUUUACCAAACCUUAUUAUUAAUAGACUCUAAACGCAGGCUACGCUUCACUCGUGACGUCUAAAAGUACGAAAAAGUUGCGCAAUUUUUGACGAUCGUUAUUGUCGCUUGUUUACAAUAUGUAAAUAUUAGGUUUAAAAUUUAACCAAUUCGCCUAAUUUAAAUUCCAUAGUGUCGAUCAAAUACUAUGUCGAUCGUCUGUUUCUUACGCAUUUACUCGAUUUUGUCUGAUGUCGAUCGUUUGUCGCUUACACGUUUGAUCACAUGGUCCAUCGUCAAAAAUCGAGCAAAUCUGUAGACACCUUAAGGUGCUUCAGUUGCAAACCGUAGCAGUAUAAUUUAAAAAGCAAUCGUAAUAUUACUUAUUGUGAGUUAAAGGUGUACAGCAGCAGAAACGAGACUUAAAUACUUUGAAUUCCACAAACCAUUAAUAGUAUUGCCCCAAAGAAGGCUUCUUGGCCUAAAUAAAAAUUUGCAAUUAGUCAAGCUAGUUAUACGUUCAAUCGCAUGUUUGCGAUCGAUAAAUAUUAGUGUUAAAAUCUAACCAAUUUGCCUAAUUUAAAUUCCAUAGCGUCGAUCGACAAAAAAUGCGCUGUCGAUCGUCUGUUUACACAUUUAUACGAUAUUCUCGGACCAUACGUGUCGAUCGACAAAAAAUACUAUGUCGAUCAUUGACCUACCAACAGAUGGACAUCGGGUCUAAUACAAAAACCACGAAAAAAUGUCCGAGGUUAACCUA